GUAAUUAAUAAAGUCAUCGUUCUGAAAUUGGUGGUAUUGAAAUCUAUUGAUUUCUUAAUCAGCAAUAAAUAUGGUUUGAGUAGUUUAGGUGUUGUUUGGCAUAUGACAAUGCUUUUGAUUUAUGGUUUAAGGAGUAUUACGGUUUAUUUUCUGAAUUUUUAAAACAAGAAAGUUUAUAGUGAUAUGAAACGUGCCCUUAGUUUGUGAUCGGGUUUUGGGAUUUGAGAUAAGGUUAGGGAGAUGACGGGGGGACUCGGGGUUCUUGUUUUUGAAGAAAGGUGAUGUUGUUGUAAGCUUUACGAAUCGUAUUGAAAUGGACCAUAAGUGUGGUCAUUCCGUCAUUGAGAGUUCGCUCCACAAUUUCACGUCUUUUUAAGUCCAACUGAACAUUUGGACCAUGGAAUUAAUUUACUAGAGUGAUAGGGUUUUUAGGGGGCAAAAACUCAAAAAUGAUAGUAUAAUUUAGUCUUCUUAAUCUUAAUGGCUCGACGUAAUUAACUAAUCAAGAUAACUAAAUAUAAACUGGGAUACAAUAUGAGUGACUUUGGUUUGUGCUUGGACUAUCCCAUCCAUAUUUUUGGUUCGAUUUAUGUGGAGAGCGAAUUGGACCUAAUCACCGCCCUAAACGUAGCCUAGCUCCAUCCUAGGACUUGAUUUAGUAUGGUUUGACUAAAAUAUCUCAUGAAUGAUUAGACUUAUUUUGGAUAUGACUUGCCCUAAACCUUAAAUUUAUUGGCCUUCUAUUCAAUGAUAUAUGUUGUUUGAUGUAAGAUUUUCUUUCCACUCUCCUUAUAUAAUGAUACCUAUAAAUUUGAGCUUUUUGGCCUUAUAAAUUAUCGCACAUUACCGUACCAAAACAACAUUUCUCACAUGAUGUACUUCAUUAGUUAAUUAAAUCAAAAAUAAAAUACAAAUAUUGAGAGUGGUAUUAAUUAAUGGUCAAUUAAACGGACAGUUACGGAGUACAAUUUAAGGAGCCAUCAUUUUCCAAUCAAAAAUCGGAGCGUCUGUAUAUGAGCCGUUUAACAUCCAACGGCCCACAUUCAUAUAGGAGCGGACUUAUAACGUUUGAAUCCCUUCUCCAACGGUCGAAAAUAUUAUAAACCUCAACGCAAUUUUCUAUCUUCUUCAUCAAAAUUUCUCUUAAUUCCCAAUUCAUCUUUUCAAGAAUCACAUCAAAUUCACAUCUCUCUUUCUUUCUCUCUCUUCAAAUUCUUUGUAAAUCUUCAAAUUCGAAAUCGAAAAUGAACGUUUUACAGCAAUACCCAGAAACAAUGAACUCACAAGAUCUUCAAAUAUGGAAUAAUGCAGCAUUUGAUAACGGAGAAUCAGAAAAUUCUGCAAAUGUGAAGUUUUCUUGGUCAGGUUUGAAUCCAUUAUCAUCAAUCAAUCUUUCUCAAUCGAUCGGAUCCGAUUCGACUAAAGAGAAUCGGACCCCUUUAAUGGCGGAAUCCCCAGUUUCUUUGAAAUCUUUAUCUGAGGGUAAGCCUUUGCAAGAUAACAUAGUAAUUAGAAAUGCUCAAAACAUCCCAAUUUGUAAGAUGGGUGUUUUAGAAAAGGGGAAUCAACUCGAGGAAAAGGAUAUCGAUUUCGAGAUUGAGGAGAUUGAGAAGGAGAUUAAUCGGUUGUCGUCGAGGUUAGAGUCGCUUCGUAUCGAAAAGGCAAAACAAAAUGCCAAGAUGAUGGAGAAAAAAGGGAGAAUUGUUGCUGCUAAGUUCAUGGAUCCGCCAAAACAGAGUACUAGAAGCUCUAAUGAACAGAACAAGUUUGAAGAUUCAAUGAGUUUGAGUGCUAAAUUGAAGACACCGAGAAGGGGGUUAAGUAUGGGGCCGGCAGAGAUUAUGAGGAGUGUGAGAAGGGGCAUUAGUCUCGGGCCGGUGGAAAUUUACUUGGGGACGAAGUUGAAGCAUUUUGGAAAGCAAGAUGCUAUCACCCCUGGUCAGCAGAGUGCAAACAGGAGAAAAUCUUGUUAUUGGAAGUUACAUGAUGUUGAUGAGUUGAGGGUUACUAAAGAGAGAGGGAAAAGUAUGAGCUUAAGCCCAAAAGCUCGGUCGACAACUGCUGUUAAAGCACAAGUGCCAAAGCCUGCUGCAACUACAAUUGGGUCUAAGAAGACAGCAAAGAAAGAAGAUGCUGUUAUUUCUUCAAUUCAACCAAAGAAGCUGUUUGCUAAAGAUGGUGAGAAAUCGGGUCCGGCCAAGAAGCCAAUUAAGAGUGGUAGAGUGGUUCCUAGUAGGUAUAAUCAGGUCUCAAAUGGGGGGAAUUCGGCGGUGAAAGAACUUAGGAAGAGGUCAUUGUCUGAAAAUGAAGAGGAUUAUAAUAGGUCUGAUAAGAAACGUGUUUCGUUAACAGAAAAAACUUCAGGAGGAGAGCAAUUAGCAACAGAAAGUAGAGUGAAAAAGCGGUGGGAAAUUCCUAGUGAUGUGGUAAUUCAAACAAAUGUUGAUCACAAGACUCCUUCGUCCGUGUCGAAAAUGGUUGAUAUGGUUCCGAAAAUUAAGAAUCUGCGUUGCAAAAACGAGAGUCCUAGAGACUCCGGCCCAGCAAAAAGGGUAGCUGAGUUAGUUGGUAGGAAAUCCUUCUUCAGUACUGAGGAUGGGGUUGAUGAGGAAGCUGAAGAGUCUGUUUGUCAGGCUCUGAGUUUUGCUGAAGAGCAGGUCGUCCAAGAGUGUCCGAAAAUUAGGAUUAUUCGACAUGUUAAUGAGAGUCCGCGAGAUUCAGGUGCUGUGAAAAGAGUGUCUCAAUUAGUUGGAAGGAAGUCAUUCUUCCACAAUGAUGAAGAUGAGAUGCCAGUGUUUAGUUUCGAAGAGGAUGAUAGUGAUGAAAAUUGAAACAAUGGAGAUAGAAUAAACUUUUUUAUCUAAUCAUUUUGUUUGAAUUUAGAUGUCAUUGUUGAUAUAUAUAAGCAGUAGCAAGCUUGUGCUUAGUGCUUACCUCUAAUCAGUUUUACUUGUCUACUGCUGUUGUAGUUUGGCUUAUCUUGGGUUAUGAGAGUAGAAUGAUAUUGGAUUAUGUGCUUGGAAGUUGGAAGUAAGCUUGCUUUUGCUGCUUGCAACUCAGUUGUAAAAUGAAUUGUGUGAAUUUUUGGUCAAAUAAAUAUUUUUUGUUGGUGAAGUGGGCAUAUAAUUUGUUGGCUUAUGUCACUUGGUUAAUUGAUUU